CUCUCGGUCUUGGGAGAAGCUAAAUUUUACAGGCAAAAGUGUUGUUGAUGGCAUCAAACUGAAAUCCAUAGACGGCGAAACGAUACCAACCGCUGAAUCAGUAAGAGUGUAAUCAAGUAUCAUAAAUGCGAAAUUACAAGAUUGUAUGAUAAAAAAAAGAACUUUUGGUUACUUGUAAAGAGUACGACAACAUAAACCGCAUAAUUGUGUCAUAAUGACAAGACGUGCACGAGUACGAAUUCUUAUUACCGAGUCCAAAUUGUACAAUAAGGUGGAUUUCCACUCCAAAUGUCUUGUAAUGUUGAUAGUAAUGUGAUUCAAUGAUUGGUUUAGUCAUAUAAACACAUAUACUACUUAAUUGUGUCAUAAUGAGAAAACGUGCACGAGUACGAACUAUUAUUACCGAGUCCAAAUUGUAUAAUAAGGUGGAUUUGCACUCCAAAUGUCUUGUAAUGUUGAUAACCAUGUGAUUCAAUGAUUGGUUUAGUCAUAUAAACACAUAAACCGCUUAAUUGUGUCAUAAUGACAAGCUGUGCACCAGUACGAACAAGUCAUUUGGAGUGCAAAUCUACCUUAUUAUACAAUUUGGACUCGGUACUAAGAGUUCUUAAACUUGCACUUCUUAUUAAACCAAUCAUUGAAUCACAUGUCUAUCAACUUUACAAGAUUAAAUUUUUUUAAGGGAAAUUAAGGGGAUUGUUGGAAAUCUUAUGGCGUCCAGCCAACCACGGGAGGUGAGAUUUUGCACAAAUGGGCGACGACAACAGUCUAUCACCACGGCCACUUGUGGCAAACUGGCAAAUCGAGCCCCACCAAUAACCCUUAGCCACGUGUCGCGCUCACAUAAACUCUAGUAGAUUUCCAGUGGAUGAGAAUUUUAAUCAUCUUCCCCCACCAAUUAUAAGCUUUCCCAUCGCCAUUUCCCAUUUUCCACUCCCUUCUCCAGCUCCAGCAAUCUUCCACCACCCUGAAAACCAGCCACAACAAUGGCGGCAGAGAUGGCCCUGGCAAAACCCAUCAUCUCCAAAUUCACCACCACUUCCAGUAGAAGCAGCAGCAGCAGGCUCUCGUUCUGCUCCAUCAGAAUGUCGGCCACCUCUACCACCGCGGCCGCCGGCGGGACCAAGAAGAAGCUGCAGAAGACGGCGAUAAAGGAGACGCUGCUGACCCCGCGGUUCUACACCACGGACUUCGACGAGAUGGAGACGCUGUUCAACUCGGAGAUCAACAAGCAGCUGAACCAGGAGGAGUUCGAAGCCCUGCUGCAGGAGUUCAAGACCGAUUACAACCAGACCCACUUCGUCAGGAACAAGGAGUUCAAGGAAGCCGCCGACAAGAUGCAAGGCCCGCUCCGCCAGAUCUUCGUCGAGUUCCUCGAGCGCUCCUGCACCGCCGAGUUCUCCGGGUUCCUCCUCUACAAAGAGCUCGGCAGGAGGCUUAAGAAAACCAAUCCAGUGGUGGCGGAGAUCUUUUCGCUCAUGUCGAGGGAUGAAGCCAGGCACGCAGGGUUUCUGAACAAGGGGUUGUCAGAUUUCAACCUGGCACUGGAUUUGGGGUUCCUCACGAAGGCGAGGAAGUACACGUUCUUCAAGCCGAAGUUCAUCUUCUACGCGACCUACCUGUCGGAGAAGAUAGGGUACUGGAGGUACAUUACCAUCUACAGGCAUCUCAAGGCCAACCCGGAGUACCAGUGCUACCCGAUCUUCAAGUACUUCGAGAACUGGUGCCAGGACGAGAAUCGCCACGGUGAUUUCUUCUCCGCGUUGAUGAAGGCUCAGCCACAGUUCCUCAAUGACUGGAAGGCCAAGCUCUGGGCUCGAUUCUUCUGCCUCUCUGUGUAUGUCACGAUGUACCUCAAUGACUGUCAGAGAUCAGAUUUCUAUGAAGGGAUUGGACUCAACACGAAAGAGUUUGACAUGCAUGUCAUCAUUGAGACGAACAGGACGACAGCCAGGAUAUUCCCGGCAGUGCUGGACGUGGAGAACCCCGAGUUCAAGAGAAAGCUGGACAGGAUGGUGGAGAUUAACCAGAAGCUGCUGGCUGUUGGAGAGACCGACGAUAUUCCAUUGGUGAAGAACUUGAAGAGAAUACCUAUUGUUGCAGCUCUUGUUUCGGAGAUCAUAUCAGCAUACCUGAUGCCGCCCAUCGAGUCUGGAUCCGUGGACUUGGCUGAAUUCGAGCCACGCCUUGUUUACUGAUUUGAUAGGAUUCUUGAUUAGUUGUCGCCUUUUCACUCCAUGUGUCUGUCUUCAGCUUUGCGAGUCUGUGCUUUGUCCAUGUUGAGACAUGAGAGAGCUUUGUGACAUAAUAUUCACUUUGUUAAAACUUAAAACACACUGCACACUCGUUAAAACCCUGCAAUUAUCUGCUACUCAAACAUUUAUACAAGCUCCUCUAAAAACCCUGAUACUUGGAAACAAUGCCAUGUCAUUUCUUCCAUAGGAGGUGAAAGACACAAACCGAUCUAGCUAGCACAUUAUUAUCCAGUAUUAUCAUCAUAAAUUGCCACACUCGACGCAUUACUCUUGUUAUUACUAGUUGCUACACAACCUUGAAAAUGUACCCUUGAAGAAAUUCCUCUAGACCUGAAGCUGAAUCCCCAUCCUACACAAUGCUACAUGUACAGUUUGAAAUUUUCCUUCCCCUUAUGACCUGGACCUGCAUUGAGGAAUAGGAAAGCUCAGGAAUAUUGCUCCAGAGCAGCAAAAAAAAAAAAGUUUAAGGAUGGUAAUAACAUUCUCAUCGAUAUGGUCUUAACCACGACUCUGCAACAUAAGACCAACCACGAGACAUAAAGGGGCGGACAUUACCUGAAGUCUAGCGUCAUAGUUUGAUCAAAAGCCUCAUAGUCUAACAGAUACUAGGAAGCCUAAAUCCAGAAGUUGUAGUUAACCAUUCUGUUAAUUUAUCAACCCUAAGGUUCUUCCAAACCAAAAGGAUAAACAUCUAACCUACGCAUUCAAACUCAUAUUUUAACUUGCAUCAUAAUUUAGAAAGGAGUUCUCUACACCUACUAUGCACCAGAAUGCCUCUAUAGUGCUUCUGCGUUAAAUUGAUCUGCAUGUUGAGAGGCUUAAACUCUAAUUUGGGUUCAGAGGCAAGGUCUGUUGGCGAGGGAAAAACAGACAGUAGAGACGUUCUCGUUCAAGUUAAAACUUGGAGGUUAGUCUCAUCAAUUUUGGUCCUAGUACUGAAGGCUUCGGUAGGGUUCUAGCAAGGCCAGUAUUCCAACAGUAUUGAUGUAGAGCAACAAAAGAUUUCCCAGAAG